AUGCCGAAGGGAAAGCAACAAGGACCAGCUGGAGGAAAGAAAGGAAAAGGCGGCGGCGAUGAUGAAUCUUCUGGCGGUAAAGGCGGUAAACUGAAAGCUGCCACCAGCGUAAAGGUCCGCCAUAUUCUUUGUGAAAAACACGGCAGAGCAAUGGAGGCCCUCGCUAAAAUCAAAGAAGAUAAUAUGCGAUUCGACAAAGUAGCAGAGUUGUACUCGGAGGACAAGGCUAAAGCAGGUGGAUCCCUUGGAUGGAUGGUUCGUGGUUCCAUGGUUGGACCCUUCCAAGACGCUGCAUUUGCGUUGCAGCCUAGCACUUGCGAUAAGCCUGUCUUGACCGACCCUCCAGUCAAAACUGUACAUGGUUAUCACAUCAUUAUGGUUGAGGAUAGAAAAUAAAUGAUAGGACUGGGGCGGCUAUACGGCGCUUUGUCAAGCUCUCUUAAUUAGGAUAAUAAUAAUCGAUCCUGAAUUUCGGAUAAAUAUAGCCAUCAACUUUUUGAACUGAUUUGGACAUCAUCGUA